AUGGCCCCCAAGUUCAAGGACGGGGACACGGUCUUUGCUUUUAACGGGAAGUGGAUAUCAUGGUCACACACUGCCGUCGCCUACGCCGCGUUCUUGGGCGCCCUCAUUGUCGGAGUCUGGCUUCACUACCACAAAAUUGUCCAGAAUGAACACUACGGAUAUCCGGAUGAAUGGUUCCCAUCCGUCUCAGCUACCAUAGGCGAUCGAUACCCGGAACGUUCGGUAUUCCAAGUCUUCAUCGCCAUCACCUCCGGCCCUCGAUUCGCACUCGUCUUUCUAUGGUACAUCCUCACAGCGAGACCGAACUCGGUAUUGCCCAAGGUCGUGCUAGGAGUAGGCAUCUUCAGGACGCUGACCUGCGGAGGAUGGACGUAUGUGACUUCAACGGACGACCAUGGAUGGCAUGAUAUCUUCAUGAUUGCGUACCUAGUGGCUACAUUACCCUGGACCCUCGGAUGUCUCGCCUUGAGCCCUCCAAAUCCUCGAGCUCUCAAGUACCGCAGGACGCUUGCCAGCUUGUUCUUUGCAACAUUGGUCCCUCUGAUUUAUUUCUUUAUCCAGCACAAGGUGCACAAGGUCCCUGGAGCAUACACAACUUACGCCUUUUUCGAAUGGGCCCUGAUUCUGUUCGAUGUUGCUUUUGAUGCUGUUACUGCUCUUGAUUUUGAAGGUUUCGAGAUCACAGUGAAAGACAUUAAAGGGAUUAGCAGAGGAACGAGUAAAUCCAACACUGCUAUCGAAAAAGAACACGGUGUUCCAUUGGGCCAACGCUUCUUCCUCCUCGAGGCCUUCGACGCUGCUGCUGAUAUCUACAAUGGAUUCGUUUUCUGGUCCACCUUAACCUCCCUUGGGGUUGUCGUCUGGUACUUCCCCCUGUGGAACAUGGGAAUAUCUGGCUACGAGGCCUUUGUUAUGGUUAGCAUCUCGCCUCUACUUCUAGCCAUGCCAGGAAUCCGCUCCUUUGCCGUCCGCAACGUCAAGGUUCUUCACCUAUUAUCUCUCUCCGGCCUACUUGCCUAUCAGGUUCAAUACCCGUCCUACCGACUUUUCUUAGUCGGUUUCUCCGUUGCAAUGGGAUGCUUGACGUGGGCUGCCAUCUUCUACGGAGAACGAAGCCAGCCUGGCCGUCUUGAAACUAGAGUGACUGCAUGGACCGUCGGACUUCUCGCUUCCAGUUUGAUGAAAUACGCCUGCCAUACCAACAACCCGGCCUGGCCCAUCGUUCAUGAAACAAACGGUGGAUGGAACAAGACUGCCCUCGUCCUAGCUUUGAUCGCUAUGCUUCGAUCAUCUCGCCGAAACUAUGUGUCGGGAGACUAUAUGGCUUCUCCAAACGGCCGCAAGGGAUCGUCGAUUCUUUCUGCUCUCGGCUUUGGUGGACUUACCUUCGCCAUGCACUCCCUUCUUUCGGACUCUAGCACCAUGAUUCUCUGGGUAUGGGAAGGGUUCCCCAUCCGCGGCCCUAUUGCUGUGCCACAUGGAUCUCUUACUCUUCUAGCCAUGGCUGUUGGAGUUUAUUUGGGAGUAACUUACCCUCGUCUGGCAGGAAGCUGGACGGCCUUUGGCCUUGGAUCAGUUGGUGCUGCUCUCUUGACCGGAAACAGCCACUGGGUCGGGUUCUACGGCGGCCUCAUCCUUGCAGUCUAUAUCAUGGCCGUUGCUCCGAUCCUUAUCAGUUCCGGUGUAAAACACUCCCCUGCAACUGUCUUUGGACUUGGCUUCUUCAUCUACAAUCUCAUGGUCCUCUUCCAUGUCUGGAUUGUCGCUUACGCCUUCGUUCCGGGUGGGCCGCUCGUACGUGAACGUACCGACUGGGUUAUGGCGUCGAUGAUGCUCCUGAUAGGAGCCGGUGUAUUUUCGUCUUCCGUCUCCCAAACCUCGCCUUCAGCCAAGUAUAGAAAACCGGUCGUUAACGCCCGUAAGCAACGUACCUACUACUUCUAUGUUCUCGGUGCUCUUCAGAUCUUCUCAUUUGCUGUUGGCUUCAUGCGAUUCCCUACCAACGACUAUACCCCUUAUCACAAAGACGAGAAGAUCAUGACUGCCGGUAUCUGGACAGUGCAUUUCUCCUUGGAUAACGACAUGUGGUCAUCCGAGAGACGUAUGCGUGAUGCUAUCAAGGAUCUUGAGCUAGAUGUCGUGGGCCUGCUCGAGUCUGACCUCCAGAGAAUUAUCAUGGGCAACCGAGAUACCACCCAAUUCCUCGCUGAAGAUCUCGGUAUGUACGUUGACUACGGCCCUGGCCCCAACAAACAUACAUGGGGAUGCGCUCUGCUCUCCAAGUUCCCUAUCCUCAACUCCACCCAUCAUCUGCUCCCAUCGCCCGUUGGUGAGCUUGCACCCGCUAUUCACGCUACCCUCGACAUGUACGGCGAACAAGUCGACGUCGUUGUCUUCCAUUCCGGACAGGAAGAAGAUCCCGAGGACCGAAGAUUGCAGUCAGAAUAUCUAUCGAAGCUCAUGGGUUCAUCGAACCGUCCCAUGGUCCUGCUUAGCUAUCUCGUCACCAAGCCGCUCGAAGGUAACUACAACACCUAUGUCAGCGAACAAAGUGGAAUGAAGGACAUCGAUCCUACCGACUGGGACCGUUGGUGUGAAUAUAUCCUGUACAAGAACAUCCGCAAGGUCGGAUAUGCUCGCGUCAGCAGAGGAACCAUCACAGACACUGAGCUACAGGUUGGUAAGUUCGCUGUCGGCCAACCAGAAGGCAAGGGAGAACGCAUCUCGGAAGACCAAGUGCCAGCCGGCAUGAGAUUCCCUGCGAUGUUCCGAGGCGCGGGAGUUCGCGGCCACAGAUAUCAUGUGUUCGAUGAACCUCGAUAUUACAAUUAG